AUGGCUACCAUCGCUGGCCUUCCCCCCGAAAUCCUCAUCGAGGUUGUGAAGCUGAGCAAUCCACUAGAUGACAUUUACGCACUCAUCAACGCGUCACCUAUAUUUCUGCGACUAUUUAUUGUCCACAGAGAGCACCUCUUGAAUUCAACCGUCAAUCGUCUCCGACAUGAUUUCUCAAAGUCCAAAGAGCCUCGAUUUCUGCACAACUCCAUUCUAGCAUUACGACUCCGCUGCAGACACCGGGAAAAUGCCACAUCCAAGGAAACAGAAAUAGCUAACAACUACAUUUCUCAGAGCCUCUACUCGGGCUUAGAGCUAUCUACGUCAACCGAACUCUUGCUGCUAUGUGGUUUUUCUCGGCUUCUUACCGAGGCCCUCUGGAUCAUGAAGUACUGCGCAUCAGAAGCCUGGUAUGCUAUGUACUUCUAUUCAGAGUGA